AUGCUUGGAAGUGUGAGCUCUCUCCCUUCUUACCCCACAUCAGUGGGGAGAGGUGCUCUCAAGGGCUUCCUCAUAAGGAAGCAGCCUCCACUGAGUCCUGCAUCAUUGAGUUCAUCUCCUUGCCUUCACACAAAUUUACUCUUAGCCCAUAAUCGGCCUAAGGGUACUCCUGGAGCAGGCCAUGACCGGCUUCUGGUUAUUGCUUGCUGCAAGGAAGAAGCCAGAGAUCCGAAUUCAUGGCGGACUGCGGCAGGUGACCACGAAGGAGAAGAUCACAGGGCAAUGGAGACGGUUCUCAAGCUGUAUAAUGCCAUGAAAGAUCGAAAUCUGCGAGAAUUAGCAGACGUCCUGGCCGACGAGUGCAGAUGUAUCUCAAAUUUCGUGUCCAGACCUUCCCAAGGAAAGAAGCAAGUAACGGAGUUCUUUCAUACAUUGAUGACUUCCAUGGGGCCUAUAGGGUUUGAGAUCGAGCCCACCUUCAACGACGGUCUGAGAGUAGGAAUCAGAUGGCAAUUUGAGUGGGAAGGGAAGCACGUUCCCUUUGGAAAAGGUUACGCAAUUUAUACGUGCCAAACUUGGAAAGGAAAGGCAUACAUCAAGAACGUAGAAAUGUUCAUGGAACCUAUUUUCAGCUUUGGCCUAAUCCGACUGAAAGUACUGGGGACCCUUUUGCCCAUGUUUGAAAGAAUUUGGAGUAGAAAGCUGAAGCCCAAUGAAACGGUGGUGUUGCUGCUCUUGUUGUCCGUCCUGGUUGUCCUUCUAUUGUCCAAGAUGCUCUUCUUGUAAUAUCUGAACAAUCUUUUUCUCGAUUGUCAGUCGUGUGCUGCUUCAUUUCACAGAUACCAAAGCAAGAAGAGAUCUAGGUGCAGACUUAUUUGUGUAAAUCUUUCGCGAUUAUAGAACAAAUCAAAUUAUUGUAGCUUACUUUCGAACAUUUCCUACGUGUGAUUUUCUAGCACUUUGAAAUUCCUUCGGUCAUGACAAUGCCAAAUUUAUUGUUACUGUUCUGCGCGUAUAAAAUAAUGUGAAUGAAAUGUAAUCAUGGAUAUACUCUAUCUACAUAGUUUUAAAUGUCGAUAGAAUCAAGUUUUAGCCGGCGAUCAUUCUGUUC